CGGCGUCGCUUAUCGUUUUUCCUUGUAGAAUGGUGCACACUAUCUUGCAGCAAACUAUUACACCUACCUUUUUGACUAUCUUCGUGAGCCAAGUAAGCCAAGUGAUAAUGAUAAGACUUUCUGAGAUUUAAUAAUUUAAAUAAUACUUUGUUUGAAUAUUAGCAUAUUUUAUUAGUUAUUUGUUUGAACAUAAAGUAAAAAAAAAAAAAACAGUUUAACAAUGAUUUAGUGCGGUUGUAUAUAUAAGAAAAUUUUUGAUCUGCAUCCGUUUCAAGUCGAUCAAUACGAGCUGUUUCUUUCUGCUCUUUGGAGUCACUAUAAACUCUAUCAAAUAAAUCAAGUGUAUUUAUUUCUUUAUGCGUCUCUGCUAAAUUCUGCAAUGGAGGGCAUGUUUGCUCUCCUCCAAAAGAGUGCUGCUUAUUGGGCUGUUGUUAUAUGUAUUCACAGCCAGCUACUCCAGUUACCGAAAUGUUUGCUUUCUUGAUUUGGACUUAUUGGUAUCUAUGGGCAGCUAUAUUAGCAGGAUUGACCCUUGCAGCAGUAUGUGGAUGCUGGCUAUGGCAACGACGUCGAUUAGGAUCAUCAGGUGAUAGUUCAAUAUCUGAUCGUGUAUCAUCAUCAUCUUUUUAUCCACCACCACAUUACAGUCGUUGCAGUUCUUUUGUGCAAGCAUUGCCACCUCCGUAUAAUGAGGUAACAGCGAAACCGGAUUUGUACCCAUUAGUAAUCGGAUUUGACGAGGGAAUGGGUAAAGGAACAUCAGGUUUUGUAAUGCGAUACUUCCGUACAUUGUCACACGCAAGUACUUUGGACUCACUCAGCUCAAGUUUUAUGUGUAAUGUAGUGAAUGAAGCUAAUACAAUUAUUCCACCUCCAUAUUCAUGCAAUAAUAGUAUCGAUGAAUUAUCAACAAUGGGGUGUGAUAGAGCAGAAAUUGGUGUUGGAGAGUCCGUUGUUUCACUUGCCAAUAAUAGAACAACCUCAGACAUAUCAAGUUUAGCGGCACAAUCGCCGUGUUCUCCACCUAGAGCUACUAGUCCAACAUUAGAAUUACGAGAAUUGUUAGAUAAAAUUCAACAACUACCAAAUGAACAUAACAGUAAUGUGAUAAAUCACCCUCAAAAUCGGCCGCUAGCACUACAUCCAUCAAAUAUUAAUUCAUCAUUACAAAGACCAUUGAGUCCUAGUGGUGAGUAUGCAACGUCACGUAUGAGACGUGCACGAGGAAAAAUGUACAUGCCUUUAGGAUUACCGAAUUCAAGAAAUAAAUCUAAACGAUGGUUAUCACGAUCAGCGCCUACAACUCCAUCUGGCAAUAUUCCAAUGGCUUUGUUUCCUGGACAAAGUAUGAGGCCUUCAGAACAUGAUAAUUAUAAUCAACAAGUCAUACCAUUACUUUCAGAAGAAGAAACGGAUAAUAUUGAUAGUAUUGAAAAUUCACGUAAUGUUACAUUAAUAACAGAACGAGAGGAAGAAUUAUGACAAGACUAAUUUUAAUUAAUUAUUACUAAUAUUAAUCAUGUAAUUAGAUUUAAUGUUUUCAUAUCGAUUAACUAUAUCGAUUGUGUUAUAUGUUGUCUUUUAUCAAAAUUUAAAAACAGUCCUUGAAUGUAACGAUUUAAACGUUAUAAAAAAAUCAAGACUGCUGACCGGGUCAAGACCAUAGUCAUAUUAUUAUUAUUAUUAUAUUUAUAGUAUUUUAAUUUUUAAUUGAAAAAAAAAAAUAUGUAUAUAUAUAUAUAUAUAUAUAUUUCCUUUAGAAGUCAUUUAUUUCAGGACUCAUAAAAAUCAAAAUUCUCACGUGAGAUUUGAAAGUUAAUAUAUUAUGGAUUUUUUUAACUCCCUUCGCGUUGUCAUAUAUGUUUUAAAACAUCUGAUUGAUUUAAAUAAUUGUAAAAAUUAAUAAUUAUUCAAGUUUAAAUAAGUCUUAACCGUUUUAGUAAAUAAUAAAAUUCAGUCUUUUCUUCUCAUAAAAACUAAAAACUAAUAAGAAUUACGUCUAUAGUGAAAAAAUACAUCGAAUUAAAUACAUUUGCGUACUAUUAAUUGAGUAUUACUAAAUUUAAAAUUUAAAUUAACAAAAAAAUUGAUAACAACAAUUAUAACUAUUGCGCAUUAAAAGAAAUUGCUUAUAAUUAUCACUUCAACAAGCAAGAAUACAGUAUUUAAAAUUUUUCAAUAAAUUUUAUAAUUAGUUAUGAAAAUAUUAGUUAAUUUUUAAAAAUCCAUCCAAUAAAUUACCACCCGGAAGAAAAUAAAAGUAUAGAUUAGCAUAGAAUUUUUAUGACAAUAUCCAUUGUUAAAAUAAUAAUAAUCAUUAAAAUACUUUUUAAACGGCGAGAUUACAUUCACAAGUCAAUGUACAAUAUCAAAUCCGUCAAAAAAAAAAAAAUUGAAAUAAUUAUACAUAUGUGUUAAAUGGGCAGUGAUAAAAUAGUUUGCAUUCGUUUAUAUAUGCCCAAGUGCACUCAUGUAUCUCUAGUCAUAUUAAUAAUUAUUAAUAUAAUAAUGUAAAAUCUAAAAUAAAAAAAAAUUAAAUAAAUAAAUAAAUGAUGCACUAAAAGUGAAAAACAUACACUCGAUACGAGUAAUUAUUAAUGAACGCUAGAGAAAAAAAAAAAUUUACAAUUUGUGGUAAACACAAUACGUUUUUAAAAAAAUGUGUAACUUAAAAAAAAAAUAAUGUAAAAUAAAAAUUAUGUCAAGCGGCCCGAUUUAUUAUCAUACAGUAAGUAUAUCAUCCACAUACAUCACGUAUUGCCAUGUAUUUUUUAUAAAGUAUAAAUAAAAAUCAAUUCAGGCUUUUCUGAAGUUUUGAA